AUGACUGGGGCGUACCAGAAAUGGGUGCGGGAACACGGCCCCGAAAACCCCCUGCUGUGGCUGAAAUACACCCAUGAGCAGCUCUUCUUCAUCGCCUUUGCUCAGAACUUGGCAAGGAGNUACGACCGGUACGGGAACCUGAUGCACUGGUGGACGGAGGCCUCCUACAGCAAGUUCCGCCAGAAGGCCGAGUGCAUUGUGAAUCUCUACGACAACUUCACCGUCUACAACCAGAGGGUAAAUGGGAAACACACCCUGGGAGAAAACAUUGCAGACAUGGGGGGACUGAAACUGGCCUACUAC